GGAGUGCCCUUGACGGGCAGGCCGGCUGGGCUCUGCAUCCCUCUGCUCACACUGCCGGGAGAUGGCUCAGCGGCUUCUCCUGAGGAGGUUCCUGACCUCAGUCAUCUCCAGGAAGCCUCCUCAAGGUGUGUGGGCUUCCCUCACCUCUACGAGCCUGCAGACCCCUCCGUACAAUGCUGGUGGUCUAACUGGAACACCCAGCCCUGCCCGGACAUUUCACACCACCAGAGUCUGUUCAACAACCUUUAACGUCCAGGAUGGACCUGACUUUCAAGACAGAGUUGUCAACAGUGAGACACCAGUUGUCGUGGACUUUCAUGCACAGUGGUGUGGCCCCUGCAAGAUCCUAGGACCUCGGUUAGAGAAGAUGGUAGCCAAACAGCACGGGAAGGUGGUGAUGGCCAAAGUGGACAUUGACGAUCACACAGACCUUGCCAUUGAGUACGAGGUGUCUGCUGUGCCUACCGUGCUGGCCAUCAAGAACGGGGACGUGGUGGACAAGUUUGUGGGGAUCAAGGACGAAGACCAGCUGGAAGCCUUCCUGAAGAAGCUAAUUGGCUGACAAGCAGGGAAGAGGCCAGACUGCCCUUGCCUGCUGGAAACCCAUUUGGGGAGGAACCUAGUAGAACUCCCAGCCCUCAGCUGUCAUCCUUCGUGCCCUGCCCCCGUUUUGUCCUUGUGGGUCUUGCCUUUGGGCAGCAGACUUCCAAACCUAGAAGCCACCAGCACUUCAGAGCCAGCCCUCAGCCAGGAUGGCCAGGAGAGGGGCAAUGCUGCCGAUGGUGUGGAGGAGGGGCAUCCUGAGCACCUCCUACUGUGUGCUCCUCCUGUGCACCUACUGUGUGCUUCUUCUAGGGCUUGUUGCUAUUCCCCUAGAUGCUAGACAAAGCCUGGGCCAGCCUGUAGUCACCGCCCAGGCAAUGGCCCAGUCCUCGUCUCUGAGGUCCUCUGAUCUGAAGCCUCAGCCCCACACACACACAUUUGCCUCUGGUGUAUUUCCUCUCCUGCCUCUGCUUGAAAAGGAAACAAGAAGCUGAACAAGUGAGAGUAAUGGAUAAUUCUCUCAUCUUUUGUAGGUCUGUAAUAAAGAACUUUAUGUGA